AUGUUAGCCAAGCAGGCAUGGAGACUACUCAAUCAGAAAAACUCUCUGUUCUUUAGAGUUUAUAAGGCUAGGUAUUUUCCUACAUGUUCUUUCCUGGAAACCAAGCUAAGCAGCAAUCCGUUGUAUGUGUGGAAAAGCCUGCUGCAAGCUCAAGAGGUUAUUCUAGAAGGGUCAAAAUGGAAGGUGGGGAGUGGUACAUCCAUGGAUAUUGCUAAUCACCAAUGGCUGCCUCAACCACCAUCUUUCCGGAGGGAUGGGCCUUGGCCAACGAAGGUGAGGGAGUUGAUGGAUGAAGUUACGGGACAGUGGGAUAGAACCAAGUUAGCAUAUUGGUUUGAAAGACACAAGUGUUAUGAUAUAUUGAGUAUACCUUUGAAUAACCUCCAUGCCAAUGGUAUACUAGUGUGGAAAGAGAACAAGUCUCAAAGCUUCACGGUCAAGUCGGUGUAUGGUGUGGUGUAA